AUGCAGGUGAAGAAGCACCGGGGGUCGGACCGGAGCGCCGGGGACAUGCUGGAGGGAGACGGCCCCCGUAAAACCUCUUCGUGCUUCUCAAACAUCAAGAUAUUCUUGAUCUCGGAAUGCGCCCUGAUGCUGGCGCAGGGGACCGUCGGAGCCUACCUGGUCCGCAAGCUGGAGCCAUCCUGGACCUGCGUCACUCUGAGCAAAGCACAAAACUCCCCAAAGUGCUCCAUUAUAUUCGUCAAAGCAUCCGGGGACGAGCUUCAGAGCCUCAGAGAGCCUCUCAGUUUUGACAUUAGCAAUGUGAGCGUGCUGACCACACUGGAGCGGCGGUUCAACCUCCAAAGCGCUGACGUCGGAGUGAUAGCCAGCAGCUUUGAGAUAGGCAACCUGGCGUUGAUCCUGUUCGUCAGCUAUUUCGGGGCCAAAGCGCACCGUCCACGCCUCAUCGGCUGCGGGGGCAUCAUCAUGGCGCUCGGCGCCCUCCUUUCCGCUCUGCCCGAGUUUCUGACUAACCAGUAUGAGAUAGGGGAAAUGUGGAGGACUGACGAGGGCCGGGACGUUUGCACCAACUCCAGCAUCGGGGUGGAAAGGGAGGACCUUCUGUGUGCCAACAAGGCCAACACCAACAUGAUGUACCUGCUGCUGAUCGGAGCGCAGGUCCUUCUGGGGAUUGGAGCCACGCCCGUGCAGCCCCUGGGGGUUUCCUAUAUUGAUGAUCAUGUGAAGAAAAAAGACUCCUCUCUCUACAUAGAGAGCACCUCGUGCGCCGUUCGAAAAGCGGAGACAGAACCCGACCGUCUGCUGUUCUGCGAGCUGAGUGACCCAGAGGAGCCUGCGCCCCUCAGCUCAGUCACUUUCAGCCCAGACGAUGAGGGUGGAGAGGGCAUAGAACACCAGAUUAUCUCAUAUCCAACUGCCGUCUAUGAGGGGAGGAGCACAGAGAUAAGAGACUCCUCUGCUCCAGGCAUGAAAACGUACACUCUCAAAUCACGGGCCUGUAAAAAAGCAAAUCGCUGA